GCAUAUUAGUCGUCGAACGCAAAGCAACAUAUUCAUAAAAAGUGGUCUAGCCAACGAAUAUAUAUAUAUGUGUUUUUUUCGACGCGGUGGUGGAAAUUAUGAAAUAAUCGCUUACGGUUGUGCUGAAAGAGAAACGGCGUGAUCAAUUCUUCAGAUUUACCAAAAGUAUCUAUACCAUAUAGAUCCAACCAUGGCGACCGAAACUACAAAAAUGAUCUACACGCCACCGCCACUGGACAUCAAAAUGGAAAUUGAAAUUGGUGAACAACCCCAGCCACCGGUGAAGUGCUCCAACUUCUUUUCCAACCACUGGAAGGGAUUGGUUGUGUUCCUGGUGCCGCUGCUAUGUCUGCCCGUUAUGCUGCUGAACGAGGGCGCCGAAUUUCGGUGCAUGUACCUCCUUUUGGUAAUGGCCAUAUUUUGGGUAACGGAAGCCUUGCCUCUCUAUGUGACGUCCAUGAUACCCAUCGUGGCGUUCCCUAUAAUGGGUAUAAUGAGCUCGGAUCAGACUUGCCGCUUGUACUUCAAGGAUACGCUGGUGAUGUUUAUGGGCGGCAUUAUGGUCGCCCUGGCUGUGGAGUACUGUAAUCUACACAAACGUCUUGCCUUGAGGGUAAUCCAGAUCGUGGGCUGCAGUCCCCGCAGAUUACACUUUGGCCUCAUCAUGGUCACAAUGUUUUUGAGCAUGUGGAUUUCAAACGCCGCCUGUACUGCCAUGAUGUGUCCGAUUAUCCAAGCCGUGCUGGAGGAGCUGCAGGCUCAGGGUGUCUGCAAGAUCAACCAUGAGCCCCAAUACCAAAUCGUUGGAGGCAACAAGAAAAACAACGAGGAUGAGCCACCAUACCCCACCAAGAUCACUCUGUGCUACUAUCUGGGCAUUGCCUACGCCUCCUCGCUGGGCGGAUGCGGAACCAUCAUCGGAACUGCCACCAAUCUUACCUUCAAGGGCAUCUACGAGGCGCGUUUCAAGAACUCCACCGAACAGAUGGACUUCCCCACCUUCAUGUUCUACUCGGUGCCAUCCAUGUUGGUCUACACCUUGCUGACAUUCGUGUUCCUGCAAUGGCACUUCAUGGGUCUGUGGCGUCCCAAGAGCAAGGAGGCUCAGGAAGUCCAGAGGGGACGAGAGGGCGCCGAUGUCGCCAAAAAGGUUAUCGAUCAGCGCUACAAGGAUCUGGGUCCCAUGUCCAUUCACGAAAUCCAAGUGAUGAUUCUGUUCAUUUUCAUGGUUGUGAUGUACUUCACCCGCAAGCCCGGCAUCUUUUUGGGAUGGGCCGAUUUGCUGAAUUCCAAGGACAUUCGUAACUCUAUGCCCACUAUUUUCGUCGUCGUCAUGUGCUUCAUGCUGCCCGCCAAUUAUGCUUUCCUGCGCUACUGCACCAGACGCGGUGGUCCAGUGCCCACGGGUCCCACUCCCUCACUGAUCACCUGGAAGUUCAUCCAGACCAAGGUGCCAUGGGGUCUGGUGUUCCUGUUGGGCGGUGGUUUCGCUUUGGCCGAAGGCAGCAAGCAGAGCGGCAUGGCCAAGUUGAUUGGCAAUGCUCUGAUUGGAUUGAAGGUGCUGCCCAACUCUGUACUCUUGCUGGUGGUCAUCCUGGUGGCUGUGUUCCUGACCGCCUUCAGCUCCAAUGUGGCGAUCGCCAACAUCAUUAUUCCCGUUCUGGCUGAGAUGUCCCUGGCCAUUGAGAUCCAUCCUCUGUACCUGAUCCUGCCCGCUGGUCUGGCCUGCAGUAUGGCCUUCCACCUGCCGGUUAGCACUCCGCCCAACGCUUUGGUUGCGGGCUAUGCCAACAUUAGGACGAAGGACAUGGCCAUUGCUGGAAUCGGUCCGACCAUCAUUACCAUCAUCACCCUGUUUGUUUUCUGCCAAACCUGGGGCCUGGUCGUCUAUCCGAACCUCAACUCGUUCCCCGAAUGGGCUCAGAUUUAUGCCGCAGCAGCACUGGGAAACAAGACGCACUAG